UCGAUAGCACUAUCGAUAGUUUUGCAGCUCUAAAAUAAACCAUCCUUAUUGAACACGGUUUAUUUAUUUUAAUAGUGUUAAAAUUGAAAAGGUGCAUAUAAUUUUAUUUGAUUGUAAUGAAUCCAGGAGAAACCGCUGAAUUUGUGAAUGGCUUCAACGUAGCACUUUCUGAGCCAUUUGAAGCAAUAAAGGAUGUUUCCGAUGCGCCAAACACGUUGAAUGGAAAGAUGAGCGAAGUAAACAAAAUGGAAAUAAGAAACGGUGCUACUUUAGAGAAUGACUACUUCUACUGUAAGCUGGGAUUAUAUAGCCAAGACGAGACAUCCCUAAAGCGGAUUCUACGAGACAUUUAUCAGUUCGUGAAAGAAUCGUCGCUGAGCCAAGACCCAGGUGCACCAAUUCCAACUUCUAAAUGGGCGGAUUUAUUAGUUAACAUACUCUUUUCCAAGACAUGGCACAAAACAACAAUAUCCGAUGUACUACUAUGUUUAAAGUUAUAUUCAAGAACGUUUUUUGAUAGACGUAUUGUACAAAGCCUUUGGGACGCAUUUCUCACAGAUAAUGCGAAAAGCGAAGCAGUUACCAUAACUUCGGUAUAUGUUCUAAUUCAGUUUUUUGAUGAGUUUUCAAUAGUCAUAGACGACUUCCAACGCAAACCUUAUGUCGAAAAAUUUGUUUAUAAACUAUUGUUAUCAGAAGGACGCGACGAGCGCAAAGCAGCUGUAUUUCUUAUGAAAAAAAUGAAUUGCCAUCUUGAUAAAAACGUUAAAAACUUUUGGUUAUCGUACAUCACCGUGUUAGAAAACUUGGAAGAAAAUCAAUCACAUCUAAUAUUACCGUCUUUAGAAUGCCUCAAGCAAAACACCUUAACAACCGCCGAAAUACAACCAUGGCUUGAUAUUCUGUACAUUAAAAUUCUGGCGCACCGAAAUAUUCUCGUGCUCCGUUGGGCACUUGAGUACAUUCUCGAAACUUUUACCUGCGCAAAUAUAAACCCUGAUGUAUUACUGCAAUUUGUAAAGGCCAGCAAUCGUACAUGUUUAUUCAAUCACGAGAGCUAUUUUUUACCAACCGGAAAUAUGCAACAAUUUUUGAACGAAGGGCUUGACCGAUUUAUGGGAUGUAUGUCGGAGGUUAAUUUUAAGUGCGUCCCCUUGCACUUUUGGCUCUCCAAUAUUUUCAUGUGUAAAUCAAUAUCAACGGUAUAUUCGCGCGAGUUGAUUUUAAAAAUCGCAGCCAGAAUUCGUGGACUUCAAAACCAACAUAUCCGAAUAAAAGCAAUUGAAUUGUUUGAACACAUAUUUCGCGAAGCCAUUUCUAGAAUGCCGUUGAAUGAAUAUGUCGUUUUAGUCGAAUCGUUAUAUAAUCUUACCGAUCCCUUUAAUCACUUUGACACAUUUUAUCUCAAAAUUGAAGAUGGUGUCAGAAAUAUUGAUGGUGUUUUGUUUACUCAACGGUUUUAUGAGAUCGUUACAAAUAAUUUGUACGGCGAACUAACAUCCAAUCAUCCUAACUACAGACAAGCCACUGAUAAUACGAAUGAAUUGGCCACCACGCAGUCAAAACUGUUAGAUAAAAUAGCAAAUAGUUUAAAAAAUGUUAAAAACUCGGACAAAGAGAAGCUUAUUUGGAUACUUCUGAUGCUAGUUUUCGAGUGUGAAAACAAGGAAGUUGUGCAGAACAUUUGUCGUCGGUUUUGGAAUAUAAAUUUGAAUAAACUAAUUGAUGUGCCUUUCGAAGAGCUGAAGCAUCAAAUAGUGUCAGAUAUGGUUAAGGAUGCAGAUACAGCCGAAUUUUUUCGCAAAAAGUUUAUUGACUUUUUUGUUAAAGAGUACUUAACAAAUUUUUCCGAUUUACAAAAUUACAUAGUAAAAAUUGAAGAUAUUUUAACCACUGGAUCGCAUAAAACGCUUUUAAAACUCUCAAAAUUGUUACCAAACAACAAACUCGAUGUAAAUAUCAUCGACGCAUUUUUAAUAGCACUUAAAAAAUAUUCCCGGAUGCAAUCGCUUUGUUAUAUAGUAACGACGAAUUUAUUGAGGUAUUUAAAAAAAAUGUAUUCGCCAAAUCAGCUGGAAGACUAUUCGCACCAAAUUUUAGGUAUAGAUCUUGAAAACCUUGGUAUUUGUACAGCGGUUUUGAAUUCUGGUAUUAUUCUGACCGAAGAAACUUACAUCAAGGGUAUGACGCUCGGAGACGCAAACUUUGGGGAUGCGAGGACAGAGGAAUUGUAUUUAUUAAAAAUAGACAAAACGCAGUGUUCUCGCUUACAACGAAUACGUUUACAAUACGUUUCAUUUGUGCCCGUUGAAUAUACCAACGCCAUAUUAAAUGAACUUCUUAGCAUGCAUAAAGCUUUGAGUAUUAAAAAACCAAGAUAUUUUGAAAAUUCCAUGGAGCAUAGAAUAAAGAUGAGAAUAGCAAAGGCCAUAUCAACAAUCAUAAAUAAAUCAAACAUAAAUUUUUGGAACGAGGACUUAUUGAACCUGCCUCUGAAUUAUAACAAUCAAUUGAACAUCAAUUAUGUGUACGAACUUCUAGUGGCGAAAUGUGCUCCCGACGGUGAUGUCAUCCUUAAUAAAUUGAUUAAACUGGCCGACUAUACACCAAGCCAACAGGUCUCCCUUAUUAGCAUAGUACAUUGUUACUCGGUACUGAAUCGGCAAACAGUGUCCAAGGAAUAUCUUGAUGUUAUAAUUAGUAAGCUACUUCCACUUACUAUGGGCGCCCAUUUCCAGACGCGAUUAUACGCUCAACUGGCUAUUUACAACAUUUUAGACAAAUUCAAUAGUAAUGAUGACACUUUAUCAUCAAACUCAAUCAAUAUGAAAGAAGCCAUAGCUUUGGCCGUUGGACCGCAACUAAAAGAAUUAUUGAACGAUGUACGGUUGUUACUGCCAUAUAUAUAUUUGAAUGAUUCUAACGAUUUUUAUGACAUUUUAAUGUUUAUCACCAUGGCUCCAGCCGAUGAGUACUUGUCAAAUUUCGAUUAUAGCAAGUACGAAUUAUCUAAAUGUAUAUUUUGUAAGAAAAAGAGGAAUUUCGACAAGGAGAUGCUAACGCAACACCAGUUCGGGAUUCCAAACACUAAUUUGACAAAUAUUCAGCGUAAAAUGAAUCCGGAAAACGAUCUGUGUGCUAUGAGUAGUCUAAGAACAGAACGGGCACCAGAAUCCGAGAUGAUAGUAGUGGCAAGCCUUAUAGACAAAAUUCCAAAUUUGGGAGGUAUCGCGCGAACGUGUGAAGUGCUUGGCAUACGAAAUUUGGUUUUAAGUUCAAAGAUUCUUGCGAAAAAAGAAGAAUUUAGAAGUUUGAGCAUGACCGCCGAAAGAAAUAUUAAUAUUAUCGAAAUCCGACUGUCGGAUUUACAAGAAUUUUUGAAAGAAAAACAAACCAAUGGUUUCAAGAUUAUAGGUGCUGAGCAAACAGUCGACAGUGUCAAUAUUAUAAAUUUUGAAUUUCCCCGAAGAUGCGUCUUGGUGUUAGGGCAUGAAAAAGAAGGUAUUCCAAGCGAUAUUUUGGGUUUCUUGGAUUACACAGUCGAAAUACCCCAAUUUGGGGUACUAAGAUCUCUAAAUGUACAUGUGACCGGAGCCUUAUUUAUGUGGGAAUAUUGCAAGCAACACAUCGCUGAAUCGUAAAACACCCGUCGCCGUCGUGAUUUAAGUAUUGUUUGUUAACAUUUCUUGAAAACCAUAGAAAUUUUUUUCCACAAAAUUAUUUACAGAAAUCUUUGAAAUCCACACCCCUAAACAGGGGAUGUAGACUUUUACGCAGACUUAGAUUCCUCCUACUUAAAAUACAAAUUAUGUGCACUUACCCAGCACGUGUACAAUAAAUUGUUGCCAUUAUCGAGAAUCAUU